AUGGCGCCGGCCAUGUCACACAGAAACCGUCUCUGGUCUCGGAGCGAAAUAGAAGGACUGAUAGCGGAUGGGCGAAAGAUAAUCAUAUUUCGUGGCCAGGUGCUAAAGGCCGACGCAUGGCUUCCAUAUCAUCCGGGCGGGGACAAAUCAAUAUUGCACAUGGUCGGCCGCGAUGCCACGGACGAAAUCGCAGCACUACACUCGGCGGAAGCGCAGGCACAAAUGCAGAAGUAUGUGAUAGGAAGAGUCCACGGAAUGUGGGAAAACUUUCUGCCCCCGAUACAGGGAGGAAUAUUUAGACAUCCCGUGUCCAAGAAUGACGGCGACGAAGCGUUAUCCGCCGAAACAGAUGCCAGCUCAUCUGGAACAUCCACACCAUCAUCGACCGUCUUCGAUAUUGGACAGGCAGGAGACCAAGUUCGCCUGAGGCGUACGGGUAAUGAUACGCCUCUUUCUACAGCGUCAUCGCUAUUCUCGUCAGAGACGGAGCCGAGGCAGUUCAGCCAUGUGGAAACGUCAACAGCCCACGCCAUAUCAACAGAUGUUUCUAAAUAUCCUCUUCUCGACAAAAUGUCACAAGACGAGGUUGCCUUAAAAUACCGCCAGCUCGAUGAGAAACUGCGAUCCAAAGGCCUCUACCAGUGCGAAUAUAGCUACUACGCUGUCGAGUUUGCCAGAUACUCGAUGCUUUUUGCUCUCUUCUUAACAUUUCUUCACUAUUCGUACUACACCCUUUCGAGCAUUUGCCUGGGUUUAUUCUGGCACCUACUUGCCUUUGCGGCUCACGACGCCGGCCACUUGAGCAUAACACAUGGAUUCCACACCGACAGCUGCAUCGGCAUCUUUAUUGCAGAUUUCCUCGGAGGCCUUUCAGUCGGUUGGUGGAAACGAAAUCACAAUGUGCACCACAUCGUAACCAACUCGCCUGAGCACGACCCAGACAUUCAGCACAUGCCAUUUUUCGCCAUUUCUUCUCGAUUUUUUUCUUCCCUCCGCUCGACGUACUACGACCGUGUGAUGAAAUUCGACGCCGCGUCUCAGUUCUUCAUCAAGCAUCAGCAUUACCUCUACUAUCCCAUCCUGUUAAUGGGUCGUUUCAACCUGUACCGCCUGGCAUGGCUAUAUCUCCUAGAUCCGGCGCAGGCGCCGCGUAAAGGCCCGGCGUGGUGGCAUCGCCAUCUCGAAAUGGCCGGCCAGGCCUUUUUCUGGUACUGGUUCGGCUACCGGACAUUAUACCUCUCGAUCCCGACGUGGUCGUCCCGCAUCACGUUUCUGCUCAUCUCGCACAUGGUCACCGCGCCGUUGCACGUACAACUCACACUCAGCCACUUUGCCAUGUCGAGCGCCGAUCUGGGUGUCCACGAGUCGUUUGCCCAGAAGAUGGCGCGGACGACCAUGGAUGUCGACUGCCCUCCCUGGCUGGACUUUAUACACGGCGGCCUCCAGUUUCAAGUCGUGCAUCAUUUGUUCCCUCGUCUCCCGAGACAUAACUUGCGCCGCGCCCAAAAAUAUGUCAAGGAGUUUUGCGACGAUGUUGGGAUUCCCUAUGUGAUAUUUAGCUUUACGCGGGGGAAUAAGGAAGUCAUUAGCAGACUGGCCGAGGUUGCCGAACAGUUAAGGGUGUUAGAGGAAUGCAGAAAAGUUGCCGCAAAGGAUUUGAUUCAAGGCCACCACCGUCAAUGA